GAGGUAGUAUAUGGUUGCAGACUUGCAGUGCGUGCGUCUACACACUGAAGACCAAAGACCCUGAGAAACCAAUUAAGGAUAUACAAGACCAAAGUCUUGAAGAUGUUCAAACGAGAGAGGCAAUUUUCUUUGACCUUUGUCCUGUUCUUUCUCUGUUUCUUCAAUUGUGUUAACUGUGAGCACUUUGUUCUGGUUCAUGGAGCCUUUCAUGGUGCAUGGUGCUGGUAUAAGGUUGCAACUCUGCUGAAAUCAGCUGGUCAUAAUGUAACAGCUCUAGACAUGGCUGCUUCUGGAAUCAAUCCAAGGAAAACACAAGAGGUUCUUUCAACUUCAGAGUACCAUGAACCUUUGAUGGAAUUCAUGGGGUCUCUUCCUCCAGAAGAGAAAGUGAUUCUGGUUGGUCACAGUCUUGGGGGGAUAUCUGUAUCAAUUGCUAUGGAAAAGUACCCUCAACAAAUCUUUGUUGCCGUUUUCCUCACUGCAAAUGUUGUCACUGCAAACCUCACUCACCUGGCUUUUCUUCAAGAGGCAAAGAGAAGACUGGGCUCUACUUUGGUAACACAAUAUUUCAUCUUUGAUGGAGAGGACAAACCUCCUAUGCUUUCAUCACUUGGACACAAAUUCAUAGCAUCCAGAAUGUACCAAUUAUCACCACCUGAGGAUUUGACGCUUGCUUUAUCACUGCUGAGACCUUUACCUCCUUUUAUGAGCAAUGUUGCAUUAUUGGUAAAUCAAACAGCAGUUACCAAAUACAAGAAUGGAAGGGUACCUAAAGUCUUCUUCAUCACUGAGAAAGACAACCUUAUAUCACAGAACUUUCAAGAAUGGAUAAUUGAAAGAACUGGCCCUUAUGCUCAAGUGAAACUGAUAAAGAAUUCUGAUCACAUGGCCAUGCUCUCAAAACCAAAAAAGCUUUGCUCGGAGCUUCUAAAGAUUACUUACGAUAUUUGAAUGCUAAACAUACCAUGUAUCAUAAUAAAAUGUUAAUGUCACAUCUAUGAUUUCAAUACUUUCUUAGUAGUUGUUAGGUAAAGUAACUUUCCAA